AUGGAUAGCCCAUACUUAACAAUACAGUCUAGUCGAAUCGAUUUAUUCGGGCCGGGUAGUAACGGAGAUAUUGUCAUGGUGACUUCUGAAUCUCGUCUUUCAAAUGGACGGAAUGACAGCUUCGAAUCUGCCCAGUCUCGUUCUCACCAGUAUCCCCAAAGGGAGGGGAAACCGGGUGGAAAUCGUGUAAAGUGCCGAACUGUUCGAGGGUUAGGGGGCAACAGUCCAGCGAUGACCUUUAAGGAAGACCAUACCUUUACAAAAUUCCCGGGCUUCAUCAUUCACACGCUGGACUCCCUGCACCAAGUUCCGAAUUGUGAUCAUUUCCGGGUUGAAAGAGGUUCUCGGACAGUAGACCGAAUGGGCAAGCCUUUUCGUGUUCUGUAUUGGUGGUUUAUUUGUUCUAACCCUCAGACGAAACUGUUGCGCAGAUCAUCCCCAGUGUCAGCCACCUUCCAUCGAAUGACGACGACGAUGCCUCCGAAUACGGCGACGACAACAACGACGACACCAACAACGACGACACCAGCGACAGCGGACUGUGGUGCAGGCCUGCUAACGUCGAUUGACGAAGAGGUGGGCGAUAUCGGCCGUGGCCAGUUUCCAGUCGACAUGCACCGGUUUCGAGUGUGCUUCUCUCUGCCGGUGGAAGAUGAUGCUGGAUCAUGGCCGGCUGGAACGGAGUGGCUGAGCGACAGGGGUCCCGAAGCUACCAACGAGACUCAAGCGACCCAGUCCCAGAGCCCCGUGCUCGGGGCCGCCAGUCCACCAACCGUGUCGACUAGGCGCCGUGAAGUCAACAUCUGCUUCGCAUCCAAACACUUUGACGCGGUUCAG